AUGCCUUGUCUUUUUAAUUUACUCGCCAUUGAUUUUAUGUUUCUCAUUUUACAGAAGAUUUUUUCUUCCUUCUUUUUUGUUGAUCAAUGUGCAAUCAGUUCGUCUCGACUAUUUCUUCUGCAUAUUCCCCAUUUCUUCAUAAGCAAACCAAUUAUACAUGUCGUCUUUUCUGCUUGUUUCUAUAUCUCAACAUCUCUCUGUCCCUUUGUUGUGAGUUAUUUAUUUAUCUAUCUAUCUAUCUAUCUAUCUAUCUAUCUAUCUAUCUAUCUCAGUUUGUAUAUAUCACUUUUACUAUCUUGCUAUGUAGCGAACUUCUGUUUUGCAUAUCUAUCUAUCUAUCUAUCUAUCGAUCUCUCUUUUUUAUAUCUAUCUAUCUAUCUAUCUAUCUAUCUAUCUAUCUAUCUAUCUAUCUAUCUCAAUAUCUAUCUAUUUAUUUUAGUCUCUCCAUAUCUAUCUAUCUAUCUAUCUAUCUAUCUAUCUAUCUAUCUAUCUCAUCUCUCCAUAUCUAUCUAUCUAUCUAUCUAUCUAUCUAUCUAUCUAUCUAUCUAUCUAUCUAUCCGUGGAAUACCGGAUAUGUAA